AUCAGUCUGUCUUUCCCCCUCACAUCGGCAAUAUACUCUACUCACUCACUCAUUUAACCAGAACUCCAGAAUAUGUAAUUAUUCAUCUACUUAAUUCCUCUUCUCGUUCUCUCUUGUCUGAACGCGCCUCAGUUGCGCAUUAUCCCAUUGUGCUUUUAUGUGCUUUUAAACAUCGUAUCAUGUCCCUCGUCCAGCGAGUGUCUCCUAUUGACGGAGUAGAUAACGUGGACGCCGUAGAUACGGAGAGCAUCCUAUCCAUCCCCAUCCGGCGUGAAAUCAGCUAUGAUGUCUUGCCGCCGCCUCCCCUGCAAGAGCUACUGGACGUCAAGCAUGCGACGCCCGCCUACAGAGUAUCAACGGCGAAACGACUUGCCCAGGUGAUAGUGACGCUACUGGCCUGUUGGUUCGCGUCGGGAAUCGUGUUUGGCUUUGCGGCGCUGAAGCCGGUCAUGAUCAACGAAGGCGUGUAUCGCAACCUGUGCACUGAAGAGUGGCCCGACGGGAGCAAUGCCUGUAGAGCGCAGGAUCUUCGGUUAAACCUAUUCUUCAUGGUCGGCUCUAUCACGGCGAAUGUAUCCGCUCUGCCGGUCGGUACCAUCCUCGACCGUUACGGCUCGCGAUCUUGUGGUUUGAUCGGUUGUGCAGUGUUGGCCGUGGGGAGUCUGCUCAUGGCUUUCUCUUUCUCCGGUCGCGUGGAUGGCUACAUCGCGGCGAACUUCUUGCUGGCAUUGGGAGGUACCUUCGUCUUUCUCCCAUCGUUCCGAAUCGCCAAUGCCUUCCCCAAGUACAACGGCACAAUUGUCGCACUAGUCACGGGUGCCUUCGAUGCAUCGGCGGCGGUUUAUCUCUUCUAUCGCCUGGCGUAUGAGCAGGAUCAAGAGGGCUUUUCGCCGCAACGCUUCUUCUUCGCUUAUUUGGUCGUACCGGCCUUGAUCUUCGUCGCAAUACUGACGAUAAUGCCGGCGCAUGACUACCAAACCACACAACAGUUGCAAGUCAAAGUAGAGCAAGUUGAGGAUGUGACGCAGGAUAUUCAUGACUCGGACGACGAGAUCGAGAGCAAUUCCGAGCUGUGGCAGGUCCGAACGGACCGCGCCAGGCAUCGGAAGGACCAAUUGCGCAAGAUCAACCAAGUGUUUGGAGACAAGACGGAGCGGAAGCAGCGCCAGGAAUGGGAGGAAGAACGACACGAAGCGAGUCGGGUAUGGGGUGUCCUUCAUGGCCUCCCGGCUCAUGAACAAGUGAUGACACCGUGGUUCAUCCUGAUCCUUCUGAUGACGGUGCUGCAGAUGUUGCGCAUGAACUACUUUAUUGCGACCGUGCGAUCCCAGUAUGAAUACAUGCUCCACUCCGGAUUGCAGGCCGAUAGGAUCAACGAGUUCUUCGACGUGGCAUUGCCCGUCGGAGGUGUGCUUUUCACCCCCGUCAUUGGACUCCUGCUCGACAAUCUCAGUGUUCCGGCCACAUUAGCGAUGAUCGUGCUCCUAACCACAGUUACCGGAAUUCUGAACUCCAUACCCGUCGUAUGGACGGGGUAUUUGACGGUCAUUCUCUUUGUCCUCCUAAGACCAUAUUACUACUCGGCUAUGUCCGACUACGCGACUAAGGUCUUUGGUUUUGCGACAUUCGGCAGAGUCUACGGCACGAUCAUAUGUUUUUCGGGGUUCGUCAACUUCGCGCAGUACGGGCUGGACUAUUUGACCCAUGGUCCGUUUCGGGGUAAUCCGAUCCCUAUCAAUGCUUCCCUCGCCACAGCAGGCCUCAUCAUUGGUGUAGCCUUGGUAACCUUUGUCUAUGUCGCGGAGAGAAGAUGGAGAGAAGAGAAGCAGGCGGAAUGCGACGAAGAGCGGCAGCGAUUGAUUCCGGAAGAGGACGAGGCGGUAUCAGACGACUGUUGACUUUUUGUCGGGAGAAUAGAUGGACGGUACCGACAUUUGCAGAUAUGCGAAAAAUGAGGUUUAUAGGAAUUGGCGGCAAAGGCACGCAUGCCUUACGCAGUGCACAUAUUGUUAAUGACAUAACGUAUUUUACUUGAUCCAGAACGAACCGAAUCCCGAUCACAAAUUGCCGGAUGCUACAAUAUUGCAAGAAUCCGUAAUGUAUCCCUCAACAUCCUCGGGCACUCCCCGCGACGUGUAAGCUACCGACACUCACAUCCUAUGCGACGUACU